CAUAGCUUGAACAAAAGUAGCGGAUCCUUAACAUUUUCGUUUUCUUUUGGUGUUAUCAAACGGUUCACUGGUCAUAUCGUCAUCUUCAAGGCAACAAAUCCGAAAAACUUCUCUCAUUGCAUUUAAUCCUUUUUUGGUCCUCUCUCCCUAAUAGAGGAAGAGGAGGAUCACUUCCCCACGCAAUCGCAGAUGCCUAACAAUUCUCCAAAAUGGCUUCGCUCUCCAAGGCAGUCUUCUCCUCCCCUUCUCAGUCUCCACCGCCGUCUACGCCCCCAAUUCAGCAGGACGGCACGGAGGCGGAGCGACGGUUACGGGAGGCUGAAGAGAGGCUGCGCGAAGCCAUAGAGGAGCUCCAGCGCCGUCAACGCAGGGCAGCGAGUGGAGACUACCCGCCCUGCGAUCACGACGAUUCAUGCGUUGCCCAUGCCAUUCGUAACCUCUGCCAGAGCUUCCUUCUCUCGUACGGCGUCAGAGUUGGAAUAGGAAUUCUCCUCCGCGCAUUCAAGCUUGUCCGCGGACAGUCCUACUCUUCCCUUCUCGAUCUCAAGCAACUUGUCUCGGAGAGGGAUCUCAUUGUCAGAGAAGAAUCAUGUCGUAUUGGUUUGCUUUUUGGUGGAUUUACUGGAUCUUAUCAUGCACUUCGAUGUUUGUUGAGAAAGUUUAGAAGGAAAGAGACGCCAUUGAAUGCAUUUUUAGCAGGUUCAGUGGCUGGGUUAUCUGUUUUAGCAUUAGAUGAUUCAAACCGUAGACGUACGCUUGCACUGUAUCUUUUGGCUAGGGUAGCGCAGUGUGCUUACAAUUCUGCAAAGUCGAGGAACAAAUUUCACCUUUGGGGAAGCCAUUGGAGACAUGGAGAUUCUUUGCUCUUUGCUUUGGCAUGUGCCCAGGUAAUGUAUGCCUUUGUAAUGCGUCCUGAAAGCCUACCCAAAUCAUAUCAAGACUUCAUUCAAAAGACUGGGCCAGUUGCGAAGCCUGUAUACAAGGCUGUCAGGGAAGCCUGUAGAGGUGGCCCUGUAGAUUUGGCCUCGCUUUCUGCUUACUUAUCUAGCAGAAGGAAAUUCAACAAUGUGAAGCUGGAAGAGUUCCUCCCAAUCAUUCCCUGUUCUGUCAUUCAUCCUGACAUCAAUUCAUGUGUGGCUCACAAUGCUAACGCAGCUUCAAAUACAUUCAGAAAAACAUUUCCGCUCUAUUUCUCAUUGACUUUUGUUCCAUUUGUUGUUCUGCAUCUUCAGAAGUUCAUGGAUACCCCUCUCCGCACCUGUUUUCUUGCUGUGAAAGGUGCUGUACGGUCAACAACUUUCUUGUCUGCAUUUGUCGGAAUUUUUCAGGCGGUGAUAUGCUUGCAUAGAAGAGUUGCAUCCAAAGACCACAAGCUUGUAUAUUGGGUUGCUGGAGGAAUUUCUGCCCUUUCUGUGCUAUUGGAGAAAAAAUCUAGACGUGGUGAACUAGCUUUAUAUGUUCUUCCACGAGCAGGAGAAUCUUUGUGGUCUAUAUUAGUGAACCGCCACCUGCUCCCAGAUAUUAAGAAUACUGAGGUUGCCUUAUUUUGUGCAUGCAUGGGAGGUAUAAUGUACUACUUGGAACAUGAACCUGACACAAUGGCUCCAUUUCUGAGGGGCCUAAUUCGUCGUUUCCUCUCCAGCAGGAUAAGUAAUCCAAGCCCACCAUCUAAUCCGAAUGCUUCAUAUUGGCAGACCCUCCUUGGUCACAUGAAGAAGCCAAAAUUGCGAGAGAGCCGACCUGCCGAAACUUCAGCAUCUGAGAAAUACAAUUUAGAAUCCAUACCAGGGCUCUAGGAUGCCAAAACCAGGGUCUUGUCAUUCUUAUCCAAAUUAAUUUACAUUUGGUUUGAUAGUUUCUGCAAUUUAUUAGAUUAGGAACCACACAGGGCAUUAAUAAUUAUUCUUUGCUUUCGAGAUUAAAAUUUGAUUCUGGUCUAGAUGAGGAUUCUCUCUCGAGAUAGUCCGAUUUCCUUACAUCUUUUUAAGGGGGAAGAUGAGUUAGAGGUCUGAGAUCGGAGGAUGACGGAUGUAUAAUGAUGUUCUGUAUGGCAUCUCUAUUGUAGAUACUAGAUAGUAACACUGAAUUUGAUUUUUUUUAUAUCCAUACCUCAUAUAAAGUUUUUUUUUUCUUUCA